GUGUUAAGAGAUGUAAGGGUCUUUGAAUAACGUAGAUCUGUUAAGGAUGCGUUAAUUUUGCUGCUAAUUUUGUCCCCCCCUCCCCCCACCGCGGACCCUCGCCGCAUGUUACCGCCAGGCGUUAGUGCAGUAUGUCUGAAACAAUCUUUCUGAUUGUGCCUUCCGAAAUGUACACGUCUGAUUUUAUGAUUGGCUCACGUGUAGCUUAGAUGAACUGCGGAAGUUCACAAUACCGGUACACUGUGCGUCAACCAAAUUCAUCGUCUGAUAGCUUUAUAAACUAAGUUUAUGCGUAGGUAAGGCGACUAAUUCUGAGGUUUGGAAUAUUGCGUUAGCUCAUUAAUGAUUUUAUUUAAAUAUCUUCGGUUAGUGAAGGGGAUAAUGUUAAAUAUCUAAGUUGUCUGUGUUGUCAGAUUUGUUAUGAUUGAGAUAUUUAGAUCAGGUUUCUUUUUCUACAAGAUUAUGUUAGUUUUAUAAUAAUCAACAUAAUGCAAAAAAGAAACAGUGUAUUUGCACUUCUCAUCUGGUAUAUAUGUAUACACCUCGUCUGUGCCCACACUGAAAAGUUUUCUACAGCUCUAACCAUUAAAGAGGAUGGGGAAGAUUUCAGUAAGGAAGAGAAGGCACAUGGCACUCAAGAUCCUGAGGACUUGGAGGUGUUCCAUCCUACAAACGAAUGGCGGACUCUCAAACCCGGUCAAGCUGUACCAGCAGGCUCUCAUGUCAGGCUGAACCUUCAGACAGGGCAAAGAGAAGCCAAACUUGGAGAAGAGAAAGGUCUCAAAUACUUGAGAGAUGGACAGAGGCAAGAACUGAUGAACAAGCAGGCUGCUUUUUUCUCAACUCAGAAACUAAAAGAGGCUCUAAAGAAGUUCAAAGGAGAAGAUGAUAACCCUUCAAAAAAGGACUUAGGGCAGGCUGAAGAAUCUGUGAGGUCCCAGUUUCGCUCAGUAGAUGAUCUGAAAAGAGACAUGGAAGCACUAGACUUUCUAAUGGAAACAGACAUCCAGAUCAUGCGUAAACUUUUGUCCCAGUUCAACAGCACCGGCAGUACAGUAGAUCAACGAGUAACUGUUCUACUUGACCUAGAGUACCUUGUUCACCAGGUGGAUAAUGCACAGAAUCUGGUGUCAAUGGGUGGAAUGAAGCUGGUAACUGAUGCCUUAAAUAAUACAGAUGUUAGACUUAAGGAAAGUGCUGCAUUUGUACUAGGAUCGGCUAUUUCAAGUAACCCAUCUGUCCAAGUUGAAGCCUUAGAGAGUGGUGCCUUGCAGAAGCUACUGAAUUUGCUUGCUACCCCUCACCCAGUGUCAGUUAAGAAAAAGGCUUUGUUUGCAUUGGCAUGUUUGCUGCAUCACUUCCCCUUUGCUCAAAGUCAGUUUGUGAAGCUCGGAGGACUGCAAGUACUUGGUGAGCUGUUCCAAAUGCCAGGGGCUGAUGCUCUCCAUGUGAGAAUCGUCACAUUGCUCUAUGACAUGAUUACAGAAAAGGAACUGAUCUCCCAGACUGGUAAAGAUGCUGUGCGAGAUUCCUCUCAUCAGGAUUAUUUGCAAUAUGCUGAAUACUCACUUCUGCCCAUGUUAGCUGAACAGGGCUGGUGCACCCUAGUGCCUGAGCUUUUAGUCUCUCCUGAGCAUGAUCGGAGAGAGAAGGCUUUGCAUGCUCUUCUGGCCAUGAUGACCCACUGUCAGGCUCAAUAUCAGCAGAAUCCCUCACUGGCCACCUCUCUCAGCAUUCUGCAGAAGGAAUACCAGAAACUUGCGCUCACAGAGGAGACCCUGGGGGAAGAGGAUGGAUACUUUGGAGAGAUCUUGGCACUACUGGACUCUUUGGUGCAGAAAAUGCACUGAGAAAACAAUGAGAUAAGUAAUUGUGUUCCAUUGUGAAAAAGCCAAUAAAAAAGCUUGUUUAAAUUGA